AAUUUCUUUUUCUCUCCCCUUCCCACUGCCAGCUCUGCUUUAGCUUCUCUACUUCUUCUACGUUUCAUAGUCACAGACUCACAGGAGAAGGAAGGGAAAAAAAAAUCAAGAUUAGCUCUGAAAAGUAUAAAAAAAUGUCAGGUUUCGUCGGGAUCCUUGUCUCGGAUCCAUGGCUACAUAACCAAUUCACUCAAGUGGAGCUCCGGAGUUUGAAAUCUCACUUCACGAGCAUGAGGAGGGAGAGCGGGAAGCUUACGGUGUCAGACCUCGCGUCAAGGAUGGGGAGAUCGAAGGUGGUUGGAGAUCAGAACCUCACCACUGAAGAAAGAGCUUCUCUGAUCCAAAGCUUCCAUCCGAACCUCGAAGAUGAAGUCGAUUUCGAGUUUUACUUGAGGAUUUAUCUUAACCUUCAAGCACACGUGAACGCUAUAAUCGGAAGCGGGGCAAAGAACUCGUCUGCGUUUCUCAAGGCAGCUACAACCACUUUGUUGCAUACCAUCAGCGACUCUGAGAAGUCCUCUUACGUAGCUCAUAUCAAUAACUACCUCUCUGGAGAUGAGUUCUUAAACAAGUACCUACCUAUCAACCCUUCCUCUAAUGAUCUCUUCGAAGUGGUGAAAGACGGUGUUUUACUUUGUAAACUUAUAAAUGUGGCGGUUCCUGGGACGAUUGAUGAGAGAGCUAUUAACACUAAGAGUAUGCUUAAUCCAUGGGAGAGAAACGAAAACCAUACGCUUUGUCUUAACUCUGCCAAGGCUAUUGGGUGUACUGUGGUUAAUAUAGGAACUCAAGAUAUCAUUGAAGGAAGGAGGCAUCUUGUGCUCGGUGUGAUUUCUCAAAUCAUCAAGAUACAAUUGCUAGCAGACCUAAACUUGAAGAAAACUCCACAGCUGGUGGAGUUGGUGGAUGAUAGCAAGGAUGUGGAAGAGUUGAUGAGUUUACCACCUGAUAAGAUCUUAUUGAGAUGGAUGAACUUUCAGUUAAAAAAAACUGAAUACAAGAAAACUGUCACAAACUUCUCCUCUGAUGUAAAGGAUGCUGAAGCUUACACUAAUCUAUUAAACGUCCUAGCACCAGAGCAUAAGAGUCCUUCAAAGUUAGCAGCCAAAAACCCAUUUGAGAGAGCAAAAAAUGUUCUCGAACAUGCAGACAGGAUGGGGUGCAGGAGAUACUUGACCGCUAAGGAUAUUGUUGAAGGUUCCCCGAAUCUUAAUCUUGCUUUUGUAGCGCAUAUCUUCCAGCACAGGAACGGGCUUUCAACCAAAACAAAACAGAUAUCUUUCCUUGCCGAUGACACUCAAAUAUCAAGAGAAGAAAAAGCCUUCCGGUUUUGGAUUAACAGCUUUGAUAGUUCUAUGUACAUAAACAACGUGUUUGAAGAUCUAAGAGAUGGGUGGAUACUGUUGCAGACACUAGAAAAGGUGUCACCAGGAAUUGUUAACUGGAAAAUAGCAAGCAAGCCUCCCAUCAAAUUGCCAUUCAAGAAAGUAGAAAACUGUAAUCAGGUUGUGAAGUUAGGGAAGCAGCUCAAGUUCUCUUUGGUUAACAUCGCUGGAAAUGACAUUGUUCAAGGAAACAAGAAGCUCAUACUAGCAUACUUAUGGCAAUUGAUGAGAUACAACAUCCUGCAACUCCUGAAGAACUUGAGAUCCCAUUCCAACGGCAAAGAAAUAACAGACGUUGAUAUAUUGGAGUGGGCAAAUGCUAAAGUGAGAAAGAACGGAAGUCAAACCCGUAUGUACAGUUUCAGGGACAAGAGCUUGUCCGAUGGAAUAUUUUUCCUGGAGCUGUUGAGUUCAGUGCAGCCAAGAGCUGUUAACUGGAGUCUUGUUACAAACGGAGCAACUGAUGAAGAGAAGAAGAUGAAUGCUACUUACGUGAUUAGUAUAGCCAGGAAGAUGGGUUGCUCCAUAUUUUUACUACCAGAAGACAUAACUGAGGUGAAUCAGAAGAUGAUUCUGACACUGACGGCAAGUAUAAUGCACUGGACUCUGAAAGAACCUCUUCAUCUUAUUAAGCCUACCGGAUCUCCCGAUAGCCACAGUGGAAGUCUACUCGACGACUCUACUUCCGAUUCUUCUUUAGAAUAAUAACUUAUGUUUUGUUCCAUGGUGAAGUUAUAUACAUUUCAAAAAUUCUGUGUAAUGAUUCUAUAAAUGAUUCCCUUGAUUGUUUUCUAUGGGUGGUAAAACAAUAUUGGAAUUAUAUAAGUAUUUGAUACCUCG